AUGGGUUGCUUGGAGUUAGAGGGCACUGGAGGCCGAGAAUACACUUGGCUUAACAGGACGGCGGCUGGUAUUGCUGGAGGCUUCGGACCUGGGGAUAAGGUUUCAUUACUUUCAAUUUCUGUGGGAUUAACUUCGGCUCUACGCCGUGUAGAUCUUUCAUAUUCUUUUCGGUGCUUUCUCUGAAGCAUAAAUUCAAAAUCUAAUUUUUCUGAGGUUUCCUCUUUCUCUUUAUUUC